CCCGCAGAGGACCUUGUCCCCGAUAAAUACACGGUGGCAGUGAGUGGAAGAGCUUCACACUGAGCGAGAAGGACCAAGAGCCGGACCCCAAAAUGGCUUCAUCACUGGUGGCCCACGCUGGGCUGAUGCUGCUUUUCUCCAUGGCGUCCGCCCAAAUCCGAGGAGACAACAUUGGCGUCAGAAACGACAACAGCAUGACGUGCCACCCCAACGACGGCUUUGGCAAGUACUGUCCCACCACGUGCGGCGUGGCCGACUACAUGCAAAAAUACACGUCCAGUGCCCACGACAAGCUGGACGCUCUGCAAAAUGAUCUGGAGAGCAUCACCAACCUGACGCAGGGAGCACAACAAGAGGUCAUUUACAUGAAAGACAGCAUUCAAACGGUCCAGAAGAGCAUCAACCCUGACGUCUACUUCCAAAGGUCGUCCAAUAUGCUGGAUGACGUAGUUCGCUUUGAUAGGAUCAUCAUUGAACAAGAGCAGCAAAUAAACGAACUGGAUGAUGCGGUCACCGCCAACGAGAGGCGAAUGGCGGACUUGAAGAUGCUCUCCACCCAGCUGCAGAAGACGUGCAGCGAGCCCUGCAUGGACAGCGUUGAGAUUCAGCCCAUCACAGGAACAGAUUGCCAGGAGAUCGCCAACAAAGGUGCCACCAUCAGCGGUAUUUACUACGUCAAGCCGGCCCAAGCCACCCAACAGUUCCUGGUCUACUGCGAGAUUGACAGCUUUGGGCGCGGCUUCACCGUCAUCCAGAGGAGGCGGGAUGGUAGCGUGAACUUCCACAAGGACUGGAUCCAGUACAAGGAGGGCUUCGGCCACCUCUCCCCCGACGACAGCACCGAGUUCUGGCUCGGCAACGAGAAGAUCCACCUGCUGUCCGUCAGCAGCAGCAUCCCAAUGGUGCUCAGGAUAGAGCUGGUCGAUUGGGACGGCAACAAAAAGCACGCCGACUACGCCAUGUUCCGGGUGGGGCCGGAGAUCGACAUGUACCGCCUGACCUACGGCUACUACUUUGGCGGCGACGCGGGUGACGCCUUCAACGGCUUUGACUUUGGCGACGAUCCCAGUGACAUGACCUACACGUCGCACAACGGCAUGCAAUUCAGCACCUUCGACAAGGACAACGACAAGUACGAAGGCAACUGCGCCCAGCAGGACGGCUCGGGUUGGUGGAUGAACCGCUGCCACGCCGCCCAUUUGAACGGAAAAUACUACCAGGGUGGGCGCUACACCGAAAAGGACGCCGGCGACUACGGCUAUGACAACGGCAUCAUCUGGGUGACGUGGCACAACCGCUGGUACUCGUUGAAGGAGACCACCAUGAAGAUCAUCCCCGUAACACGCAUCGCGGCAGGUGGCGGACAGCAGGCGGGUGUGAAGCAGUUUGGAGUGGUUUAAAAACAAACUUUAUUAAGGAACCUUAUUGUCGUUGUUCGUUAUUGUUUGAAGCUCUGAAUAAAGUUUUGUUUUUGCCAAGCGUA